CCCUGAUCAGGCAGCGCUGCGGGGGCGAGCGGCUGCGGGCCCGAGCGGCUGCGAGCCCCCGACCCGUGAGCGCGGAGGACCGCGGAGAGCGCGGAGAAGCCGGAGCGGCGCGCGGUGAGCACCUGGGACGGGCUCGAGGAGCCUGCCCCCCACCUCACAGACCCUGCUGCUCUGAUACUCGCAACCCCAGAGGAGCGUGCACCCGCGAGGACCUCUUUGCCCCAGCUGUGCAACCCCAGCCAGAUGUGGGGGGCAGCUGCCCAGAGGCAUGCCCCCCAUCCAGCCACACUACCCUCACCUCUUCCUGCUGCUGCUGCUGGCCUGCCAGAGACCCCCUCUGCUCAGGUGAUGGAUUUCCUGUUUGAGAAGUGGAAGCUCUAUGGUGACCAGUGUCUCCACAACCUGAGCCUGCUGCCCCUGCCGACUGAGCUGGUCUGUAACAGAACCUUUGACAAAUAUUCCUGCUGGCCGGACACCCCUCCCAACACCACGGCCAACAUCUCCUGCCCCUGGUACCUGCCCUGGUACCACAAAGUGCAGCACCACCUCGUCUUCAAGAGGUGCGGGCCCGAUGGGCAGUGGGUGCGUGGGCCUCGGGGGCAGCCAUGGCGAGACGCCUCCCAGUGCCAGAUGGACGACAAGGAGCUUGAAGUCCAGAAGGAGGUGGCCAAGAUGUACAGCAGUUUCCAGGUGAUGUACACGGUGGGCUACUCCCUGUCCCUGGGGGCCCUGCUCCUGGCCCUCGCCACGCUGUUGGGCCUCAGUAAGCUGCACUGCACCCGCAACUACAUCCACAUGAACCUGUUCGUGUCCUUCAUGCUCAAGGCCAGCUCUGUGCUGGUCAUCGACACGCUGCUCAAGACGCGCUACAGCCAGAGGAUCGGGGACGACAUCAGCGUGAGCGUCUGGCUGAGUGAUGGGGCAGUGGCCGGCUGCCGGGUGGCUGCGGUGUUCAUGCAGUAUGGCGUUGUGGCCAACUACUGCUGGCUGCUGGUGGAGGGCGUGUACCUGCACAGCCUGCUGAGCCUCGCCGCCGUCCCUGAGAGGAGCUGCUUCCCCCUCUACCUGGGCAUUGGCUGGGCAGGUGCCCCCAUGCUGUUCGUCAUCCCCUGGGCCGUGGUGAAGUGUCUGUUCGAGAACAUUCAGUGCUGGACUAGCAAUGACAACAUGGCCUUCUGGUGGAUUCUGCGCUUCCCUGUCUUCCUGGCCAUCCUGAUCAACUUCUUCAUCUUCAUCCGUAUCCUUCACCUCCUGGUGGCCAAGCUGCGAGCCCACCAGAUGCGUUAUACUGACUACAAAUUCCGGCUGGCCAAGUCCACACUGACCCUCAUCCCCCUGCUGGGAGUCCACGAGGUGGUGUUCGCCUUUGUGACCGAUGAGCACGCCCAGGGCACCCUGCGCUCCGCCAAGCUCUUCUUCGACCUCUUCCUCAGCUCCUUCCAGGGUCUGCUGGUGGCCAUUCUCUACUGUUUCCUCAACAAGGAGGUGCAGUCAGAGCUGCUGCGGCGCUGGCAUCGCUGGCGUGAGGGCAAAGCACUGCAGGAGGAGCGCCACGCCGGCAGCCACACGACCAGGCCCCUCAGGGGCCCCCCCAGUAAGAAGCUGCUGCUUGCAAGGGGCAGUAGCAGCAACGGGACUGGCCAGGACCCCUCUGCGGAGACCCACUUGGCUGGUGGCCUUCCUGGAUCUGCCGAAAACCCCCAGUGAAGCCCCCAGAACUCCAGCUGGGGCUGGACUCAGAGGCCCAGAGAGGCCAUCACCAGAAAUCUGGAACUGAUGUCCAACGGAGGCUAGUGUGUGGAAGCAAGACAGCACCCUUGUCCACACAUUCCCCAGUGUGGUGGUCUGAGGGGCACCUGCUCUGUGCCCAGGGGUGGGGGACGGCAUGUGGUGGGAAAGCUGUUCUGUGAAUGUGUGCCCCUUUGUCAUCCUGGGUGUCAGCAUGUCCAUAUUCAAGGAAACGUGUCCUCCAACAAUAAAGAGCUCUGUGUACA